CCCCCUUUUUUUUUCUUUAUCCCUCGAUUGCAUCCUUUAUUUCUCCCCCCUGCUUUCUUAUCCUCAGACAAGCCUCUCUAACUCACAGUCCUGAAGGAACACUCAGCUCGGUGCUGUGAUUUUGUCUCCAUUCUGAGGGUUCUGUGUGUACUCUAAACUAGGGAUUCCUCCCAUUCUUUAACGUGCAUUCACACAGCCAUGCGAGGGCAGAGUCUUCUCUUCAUCUUUUCCCUCCUCUUCCUCAUCCUGUCAUUCUCUGAGGCAAAAAAGAAGUCCAAGCAGCCAUCAGAUGCAGUGACUGGAUCAGAGAGUACGGCAGUAAAUCCCUCGCUGGGGUCAGGUCAACUAAGCACUAAGGAUGGGCACAGCUGCACCUGGGAGACGCUAGAGAGAGGAGCUAACAUCCUGCUCCAGGUGAGUUGCACCGUCCCAAGUGAGGAGGGGCUCGGACCUCACUACACAUGCCAGUUUGCAGGAAAACCUCAGGAAUGCUCCAUCUACAACACUCAGUCCUCCCAGUACUGGAAACAGGUGGUGAGCAAACUGAAGAAACGAAAGAAUGCUUGUGAGGGGGAGAAAGUCCUGAAAACACGCCUGUGUAAAAAAGCACCCAGUGCAUCUCACAUGAAACUCACGGAGAGAAGCAGAGAAGAGACCACCACACACAUGAGCAAGGGAAUACCACGGAAAACAGAGGCACCUGUGAGGAAAGAAAAAGAAGUACAGAAAGAGAAGGAAAGGGAGGUGAAGAAAGAAGAGGAUGAGGGCUUCGGAGAAGUAGUGAAUGAUGGAUUCUCAGACAUGGAGCCCGCUGUGAGCUACUGCGGAGAUGGAUGGCAAUCUGUCUGCAACUUCUUUGUCAAAUUUUUUGAUGGUUAAAAAGAGAAACAUCUGCUAUCAUUGCUUUCUCGGACCCAGGGGAGGAUAAGAAUGUUGUUGCAUGUGAAAAUGACAGAAAAACAAACAUGUCGGGUGUCAAAAAUACGACUAAUCAAAAGUUCAUCAUCUAGUUCGACAUCACGGAUUAAAAAAAUCCUGUUGAGAAGAGGAAGACAAAUAGGCAAAGUAGUUUAUGUAUAAUAUUUAACAAUCACACUAAUCAAAAUAACUAUGAUCUUACAAUUAAUUACUUGUGUAUAUUCUAACUAAACCUGAUUGAACUUUUCGUAGAUAUUAAUAAUUGUAUUUUGUAUUCGACAGAUGACCUUUUACUUGACUCAUUAUGAAAAUUGUUGUAUAUGACUAUUGCAAAUAAUAUUCAGAUCAAUUAAAAAAAUAGAUUUAAUGAACUAAAUAUGUAUAUAUUUUUAAAAGCAAAAUUUUAUAAAUAUAUGACAAAAGAAAUAAUUCCAUCAUUCAUCACUUAUAGAUGGAAGUGCUUAUAGGUGUUUGUCAGUGUAUGUUGUAUUCAGACAGCAGUGGCUGUAUCUGUUGUGCACUCAGCAUCAGUAGUCAGCCAUAUCAGUGGUCUAAAAUGACGGUCACAGGAAAAAGAGGAUCUCAUGCGAUAGUUCAAAUCGAUGAAAUGUACUAUUCAAGAAUUUCACUUUACCCCUGGUGAGCCAAUUGGACAAGAAGAGGAAAAUAUUGUGGGGAGAAUAUGGCCUUUUGUUCAGGCUUUUCUGUAGUCUCACAACUGCCUGGUGACACAUUUAAUAAACAAGCUGUGCAGCUAAAUUGUUGGACAAAGAAGCUAGAUUUAAAGUCAUCUAUUGAAGGCUUGAGCAUUCUGAGUCAGCCAAGCGAUCAGAGAUAGAUUACAAUAUUUUGCUCAUAGUCACAAAAGGAUUUCAUCAAUAGACUCAGUGGCAGGGUUAAUACAGCAGAUUCAUCUUUUCAACUAAAUGUUUGAGGAACGAUAUUACAUAGAUAUCUAAAGCCCUCUGGAGUGUAGGUGUUUUAAGGAUAAAUGGAAUCCUACUGAUUUUGCUUUGUUAAAAUCAACUCAUCUGUAAAAGCGACUGUCAUGUGUGCCACAUUGGUAUCUGGCAUAAAGAACGUCUGUAGUGCAUGAUCUGAUCACCCAGAAAUACACAAUUUGAAAUUUGCCAUCUUUGCUCCUGGCACCAAUGUUGUCUCAAUGUUUAGAGACAAUUGGAAAAUAUUAUAUGACUUUAUGACUGUCCUAACAGCAAUAUUGAAUAAUGCUUAAUAUACAUAUAAUAGGACCCUAUAAAAUAGAUAAAAUUUUUCUCCCCAAAUUCUGUUUUAUUAUUUUUUUUCCAGUUUUAA